AUGCUGUAUAAGACAGAGGUUUUGGAUGUCUUCAGAAAUACCCAGAUCUUUGGUCAACAUGACCCAAAGGGGCAGAGCCAAGAAACCACCCCCAAUAGAAACCCAGGGGCUCAUCAAAAGUUGAGUCAUUUUCAGUACCUGGCAGUGACCGGACCUCACCAAGCUGUGAGCCAAAUCCAGGCGCUGUGCCGACAAUGGCUGCAGCCAGAGACCCACACCAAGGAGCAGAUGCUGGAGCAGCUGGUGCUGGAGCAGUUCCUGAGCACGCUGCCUGAGGCAGUCCAGAUGUGGGUGAGGUGGAAACAGCCCAAAAACAGCCACGAGGCAGGGACUCUCGUGGCAAACUUGAUCCAAGCAUGUGAGGAGAAAGAAAAGGAGGACAGCAAAGAAGAACCGACCUUUGACAGUCUACCGUCUGCUGGAUCCCAGGAGUUGGUUACCUUCAAGGAUGUGGUUGUGGACUUCAGCCCGGAGGAAUUAAGCUACCUUAGUGCUGCUCAGAGGAACCUCUACCGGGAAGUGACACUGGAGAAUUAUCGGAACCUGGUAUCCCUAGGGUCUCAGUUCACCAAGCCAGACCUUAUCUCACAGCUAGAGGCAGAGGAGUCGUGUGGGAUGGAGGAAGACAGCAAUGCAGUGGCAUUUCAAGAUUGGGAGACGAGCCCUGAAACCAAAGAGCGAAGUCCAGAGCACAGCCUUCCUGUGGAAAAACUGCCCCCGGGGGCAGGAGCGGAGGAGCCAGCAAUGGGUGACUGCGCAGGAGAGUCCUCUGAUGCGCAGUCAGAAUGGCAGCACGAUAGCCGGGAGGAGCCCCUGAGUCCCGUGCCACCCAGCGAACCCCAGUCCCUCACUCAGGGGAGAAGCCACAGUCCAGGCUCGGAUCUCACUCAGCAACCAGAAGUUCCUCCAGAAGAGGCUUCCGAGGAAGGUGCUGCUCUGGGUAUCUGCACCAGCCCCCUGCCAGCGCGCGAGGCGCCUUUCCUCCGAAAGGACAGGCUCAACAAAUGCGGAUUGGACAAAAGAAUCUUUCGUGCCCAGCAGGACCCUAAGAGGCACAAGCGAAACCAUGUUGGGAAGAAACCCUUUGAAGGUGAGCCAUGUGGAGAAGCCUUCCACCUCACCACGCCGCAUCUCUCCAGACACCAGACCACCCAUUCUGGGCAGAAGUCCCCUGGCUGCAGCAAAGGCAGGCAACGUGCCCACCCCUGCAGACCCGUGGGAACCCACAGCCAGGAGGACUGCUACAAGUGUCUCCAGUGUGGCAGAACUUUUAUCCAGGACGUGCACCUCUUUCAACACCUCCAAGCCCACAAAGCAGCAAAAGCCCUUCCCCCUGGGCUGCCCCGCACCAAGACGUACUCAAUCCGCUACCUGCGAAGGCACAGCUGCAUCGGGGAGAGAGACUGCCAGUGUUGCGACUGUGGCAAGGCCUUUGGACGGCUCUCCCAUCUCAUCCAGCACUACCGCAUUCACGCCCAGGAGAGGCCCUUCCAGUGCCAGCUCUGUGGGCGAUGCUUCAGCCGGCCCUCGUACCUCACUCAGCACUACCAACUCCAUUCUCAGGAGAGACCGCCGCCUUUGAUUACUGUUGAAAAAUCUGCAGCCAGAGGACAUACUUUCCUCAACAUCUUUGGCUUCAUACCAGAGAGACACCCUUCUGAGACAGGGUUCCUCACUCCCAGCACUGUCAACGUUUUGGACUGGAUCAUUCUGUGGUGUGGCGGCCGUCCUGAGCAGUGCAGGGUGUUGAGCAGCAUCCCUGGCUUCCAUAUAUGA